AUGGCUACCACCUCGCAUAUGUUUAUGUACUCCCUGACGAUCCAGCCCCCAACUGCAAUCACUCAAGCCAUUCUGGGCCAGUUUGCAGGCACCAAGGAACAGCAGAUCGUCACCGCGUCAGGUUCGAAAUUGACCAUCCAUCGGCCUGACCCGGCACAGGGCAAGAUCACACCAAUCUUUUCACAAGAUGUCUUUGGCAUCAUCCGCUCUCUGGCAGCUUUCCGCAUCGCUGGUAGCAACAAAGAUUACAUCAUUAUCGGCUCGGACUCGGGUCGCAUCACUAUCAUUGAAUACGUCCCGUCCCAGAACCGCUUCAACCGCAUCCAUUUGGAGACAUUUGGAAAGUCUGGAGUUCGUCGGGUGAUUCCAGGACAAUAUCUCGCCGUGGACCCCAAGGGACGUGCUUGUCUCAUUGCUUCCGUGGAGAAGAACAAGCUGGUCUAUGUUCUGAACCGAAAUUCGCAGGCAGAGCUUACAAUCUCUUCGCCGCUGGAAGCUCACAAGCCCCAAACCUUGGUAUUUGCCAUGAUUUCAUUAGAUGUCGGCUACGAAAACCCUGUCUUCGCCGCUCUUGAGGUGGAUUAUUCCGAAUCGGACCAGGACCCAACUGGUCAAGCAUUCGAAGAAGUCGAAAAGGUCUUGGUUUACUAUGAACUUGAUCUUGGCCUGAACCAUGUUGUUCGCAAGUGGUCUGAUCCAGUUGACCGCACAGCAUCUAUGCUCUUCCAAGUUCCUGGCGGAGCUGACGGCCCUAGCGGUGUUCUGGUGUGUGCCGAGGACAACAUCACCUACCGGCACUCCAACCAGGACGCGUUCCGCGUGCCCAUUCCCCGUCGCACCGGAGCCACAGAAAACCCCGAACGUAAGCGUUCGAUCGUCUCCGGUGUCAUGCACAGAAUGAGAGGAGCUUUCUUCUUCCUUCUUCAGACCGAAGAUGGUGACCUGUUCAAGUUGACCUUGGAAAUGGUCGAGGACGACAACGGUCAACCUUCCGGUGAAGUGAAGAGCUUGAAGAUUAAAUACUUUGAUACCGUCCCCGUCGCAACCAGUCUUUUGAUCCUUAAGAGUGGUUUCCUUUACGUUGGAAGUGAAUCUGGCAAUCACAAUUUCUACCAGUUCGAGAAACUUGGAGAUGACGACGAAGAGACCGAGUUCUCUAGCGACUCCUUCUCUGCCGACCCAACAAUUCCUUGCGCCCCCAUUUACUUCCAACCUCGCGGCGCAGAGAACGUCAACCUCAUGGAGAGUAUGAACUCUCUGACACCUCUCAUUGACAGUAAGGUUGUCAACCUCAGUGAAGAUGAUGCUCCUCAGAUAUACACAAUCUGUGGCUCUGGCGCCCGAAGCUCAUUCCGAACUCUCAAGCAUGGACUUGAGGUGUCGGAGAUUGUGGAAUCCGACCUUCAGCAAGUACCUUCUGCUGUCUGGACUACCAAAUUGACGCGAUCUGAUGAAUUCGACACCUACAUUAUCCUCUCCUUUGCCAAUGGAACUCUCGUGUUGAGCAUUGGAGAGAUUGUCGAAGAGGUUUCGGACACUGGAUUCCUGUCUACAGCACCAACACUGGCUGUUCAACAGCUUGGUGAAGACACCCUUCUUCAAGUCCAUCCCCGCGGAAUCCGUCACAUCCUUGCCGACCGCCGAGUCAAUGAAUGGCCUGCUCCUCAACAUCGGUCUAUUGUCGCAGCUGCUACUAACGAACGUCAAGUUGCUGUAGCGCUCAGCUCUGGCGAAAUCGUCUACUUCGAGCUGGAUGCAGAUGGAACAUUGGCUGAGUAUGACGAGCGCCGACAAAUGUCUGGCACAGUCACCUGUCUUAGUCUGGGUGAGGUUCCCGAGGGCCGCAUGCGAAGCUCUUUCCUCGCCGUUGGCUGUGAUGACUCCACUGUCCGCAUUCUCAGCCUAGACCCCGACUCAACGCUUGAGAACAAGUCCGUGCAAGCCUUGACUUCGGCACCUUCGGCUCUCAAUAUCAUGGCUAUGGCCGACUCCAGCUCUGGAGGUAACACUUUGUAUCUCCACAUCGGUCUUUACUCCGGUGUUUAUCUUCGCACCGUCUUGGACGAAGUCACCGGCGAGCUGUCAGAUACCCGAACUCGUUUCAUUGGUGCCAAGCCUGUGAAACUCUCUCAAGUCUCGGUCAAGGGCCAAACCGCCGUACUGGCGCUCAGCGCCCGCCCCUGGCUGGGAUACUCCGAUGUCCAAACCAAGAGUUUCAUGCUCACACCUUUGGACUAUGUCGGUCUUGAAUGGGGGUGGAACUUCUCUAGUGAGCAGUGUGUGGAGGGAAUGAUCGGCAUUCAAGGACGCAACCUACGAAUUUUCUCCGUCGAGAAGCUCGACAACAACAUGCUCCAAGAGUCUAUUCCUCUCUCUUAUACUCCUCGUCGUUUUGUGAAACACCCCGAACAACCUCUGUUUUACGUUAUUGAAUCCGACAACAAUGUACUCUCGCCAGCUACACGCCAGAGACUUAUCGAGGAUUCUCAGGGUCGCAAUGGCGAAACCACAGAGCUCCCCCCUACUGAGUUUGGCUACCCCCGAGGCAGUGGACAUUGGGCUUCUUGCAUUCAGGUAGUGGAUCCGAUCACCUCCAAAUCUGUUGUCCACACCCUUGACCUCGAAGACAAUGAGGCGGCUGUCAGCGUUGCCGCAGUCCAGUUCUCCAGCCAGGACGACGAAACCUUCCUUGUGGUCGGAACCGCCAAGGACAUGGUAGUCAGUCCUCCCUCGUCUGCUUGUGGUUUCAUCCAUAUCUACAGAUUCCAGGAGGAUGGUCGGGAGUUGGAAUUCAUCCACAAGACCAAGGUCGAUGAGCCUCCUCUCGCUCUCCUCGGCUUCCAGGGCCGUCUUCUGGCAGGCAUUGGCCCUGUUCUCCGCGUCUACGAUCUGGGAAUGAAGCAACUUCUCCGCAAAUGUCAGGCUCCUGUCGUUCCCAAGACCAUUGUCGGUCUUCAGACACAGGGCAGCCGCAUUGUCGUCAGUGACGUUCGCGAGAGUGUUACGUACGUGGUCUACAAGUACCAAGAGAACAUCCUCAUUCCUUUCGCGGAUGAUGCCGUCGCGCGCUGGACCUCGUCCACUGCCAUGGUUGAUUACGAAACCACUGCCGGUGGUGACAAGUUUGGAAACCUGUGGCUCCUGCGUUGCCCCAGCAAAAUCUCCGAGGAAGCCGAUGAGGAUGGAUCUGGUGCCCACCUUGUGCACGAAAAGGGCUAUCUACAUGGAACUCCCCACCGUCUCGAGUUGAUGAUCCACUACUAUGCUCAAGACAUCCCCACUAGCUUGCACAAGACUCAAUUGGUGGCUGGUGGUCGUGACAUUAUUCUCUGGACUGGCUUCCACGGCACCAUCGGAAUGUUUGUUCCCUUUGUCAGUCGCGAGGAUGUCGACUUCUUCCAGAGUCUGGAGACCUUGUUGGCCUCUCAGACCCCACCUCUGGCUGGACGCGACCACAUGAUGUAUCGCAGUUACUAUGCGCCCGUCAAGGGCGUUAUCGAUGGAGACCUGUGUGAGCAGUAUCUCUUACUGCCUAAUGACACGAAGAUGAUGAUGGCCGGUGAACUUGAUCGCUCUGUCCGCGAGAUCGAGCGUAAGAUUUCUGACAUGCGAACCCGGGUGGCGUAUUGA